AUGUUUGGACAAGCCGCCAAGCGUCAGUUUAAUGGGUUCGACUCGCAGUCGUCGUCCACCGGCGGAUUCGGCACCUCGUCGACGUCUGGAGGCUUCGGAGCGUCCACUGGAGGCCCCUUUGGCACCUCUUCUACGACCCAGACCCAGGCCCAGCCCUCGUUUGGCCAACAGUCGACCUUUGGCACGUCCACCAUUAACGGUAACACGUCGUUUGGUUCCCUGGGCAAUGCGUCGCUCAACCAGUCCCAGUCCUCCUUCUUCAACAGCGACGUUCUGUCCACUCCAACUUCCGCCAACAACAACGGAGGGGCCCCCUCGUACAGCCUGUCGCACUCGCAAUCGGCCUACGAUCUACGAGGAGCAUCCAACGGCAACAGCUAUGGUGCCGGUAACCAGCAAAUGAGAGAACACAGUGCCCCGCUGACUCCAGGCUUCCGAUCGUCUCGAGGUGCUCCUUCCUGGACCUCCAACGACCGACGAUUCGUGCCCUCCCAUCUCUCGGCCAUCAAGCAGAAGUCAUCCUUUUACGCCGGCGAUCGUACCCCCGAACGAUCUGCCAGCUUCACUAGAAGAGCGUCUACUUCCCCUACAAUGAAGUCGUCGCUUGCCAAGGCAGGAGAAUCCCCUCCUUCGGGCGUCGGAGGCUCGUCCUUCGGCACCCCCAAGCCCUCCGGAACCAAGAAACAGACUCAUACCAUCACCGAGGAGGAGCUACCACCCACACAGUCCAUCUACGACUCGCGAGGAUCGCCCUUUAGUGCUGCUCGACGAGGUAACUCGGCUGGAUCGGGGAUGCGUCGUUCGGAGACUUUCAGCAGUAACCCAACAGCCGCUCGAAAGACUCUGCGAGCCACUGCCUCCUUUAACCAUGCUAACACCCCCCGGAAACUGGCGAUGGGCAGCGAUGGCAACCUGUCCGUCGUUGUCUACGGGUUCCCCCAGCAUCUCACGCCGUCCAUCGUGUCGCACUUUAACAACUUUGGCGAGAUCAUGGAGAACGUAGAGCCCAGCGACGCCUCGUUCGGUCUGUCUACCACCCCAGUCAAGCGGCCUCCUCCCGGAAACAGACCUCCUGUUUUUGCUGGCCGAAAUUGGAUCAAAAUCACCUAUGACAACAAGGCGUCUGUGAUCCGAGCGCUGGCCGAAGACGGCACCCAGUUUGCCGGCCAGUACGUAAUUGGCUGCAAGCCGUACACGCCAUCGCAGAUGCGCGACUUUGACGCCAUUUCGGCCUCUAUGUUGGACUCGCACGACGCCAGCAUGAUGGACUCAGACUACCAAGACUCGCCCAUCAAGUCCAAGUUCCCCCAGACUCAGCAGCAGAACACUAGCCUCUACCCCAACCCUUCAGCAUCUGCAUCUGUUUCUUCUUCGGAGCGAAGUCUGCCUCGGACCACAUCGCUGCCUGCUCUCAACGGCGCCAAGCGGCUGGAGAUUCGAGACGGAACCAACACCGUGUUCAAGCAGCCCUCCUCCAAGACCAUCACCAACCCCAAAGUCAAGAAAACGGGUCUCGCUGAGAAGACGGGCUGGUUGUCCUGGACCGCCAAGCGGGCCGAAGAGCUCAUUUUCGGAUACGAGGUUUAA